AGCUGACCGGUGGAGAGGGAGGAAGACGAAGCACACAGGACGCCGCCACACACACCGCCACUAACACUCCAUCUAUAUCUAUAUUUCCACCGCCAUGAAGGGAGCUGUUCUCUUCUCCUUAAUGUGUGUGGCGGCCGGGGCUGUAGUAAGGGCUGCUGAAGUGCUGAGACCAAGGGGAGUGCCUCUUUCAAAGGCAUCUUUCUAUGAUCCAUCACGGGACUUCAGCUGUCUUGAUGGCUCUGGCACAAUACCAUUCUCGUACGUAAAUGAUGACUACUGUGACUGUCAGGAUGGCAGUGAUGAACCUGGUACAGCAGCAUGCCCCAAUGGUUUCUUCCACUGCACUAAUGCUGGUCACUCGCCUCUCACGUUACCCUCAUCUCGUGUCAAUGAUGGUGUCUGUGACUGCUGUGAUGCCUCAGAUGAAUAUGCCUCCUCGGCCAACUGUGUGGAUGUGUGCCGAGAGCUGGGGCGGGCAGCGAGGGAGGAGGCUGUCAAGCGGAGGGAGGAGCGCUUGCGAGGGUUCCAGCUGCGCCAGGCCAUGAUUGAGGAUGGACACAAGAGGAAGAAGGAAGCUGAGGGCAAAAUUGAAGAUCUGAAGAAGGAGAAGGAGGAAGCCGACACAGUCCGUAUUGAGAAGGAAGAGCUGAAGAAAGCUGCUGAGGAGCCAGAGAAAGAGGCUCUGGAGAAGUACCGUGCAGCAGAAAGUGAGAAGAAGGCACAGGAAAUAGCUCAGCAGAAGGAGAAGGAUGAGGCUGAGGCAAGGGAGGCUUUUGCUCAUCUUGACAAUGAUGGCGAUGGAGUGCUGACCAAAGAGGAAAUGAUGUCCCGACAGACCUUUGACACCAACAGGGACGGACAGGUGUCUGAGGAGGAAGCUAAGUUUUACUUGCAACAAGAGGACACCAUGAGUUUGGAGACCUUCAUUAGCACCGGCUGGGCCAUGAUGCGGCCUGUGUACCUCAUGGACAAACGCAUGUUCACGCCACCUUCCACCACCCCACCACCACAGGCAGAGGAGGAGCUCACCCCGCCACCACCAGUAUUUGAUGAGGAGGAUGCCUACAUGACUGAUGAUGAGGAAGAUGAGGAGGAGGAGGAGGAGGAGGUGGAGAAUUUUGACUCCGAUGUCGACUCAGAGGAUGACGGUGGUGAUGAUGCAGAAGACUAUGACCUUCCUGAUGAGUAUGCAGAGGGAGACAGCAAGGAGGAUGAUGAUGAGGAAGAUGAAGGCGAUGUACCAAAAGAAGAAGAGGAAGAUCCAAAGUAUGAUGAAGAGACUCAGAAGAUUGUUGAUGCCGCCAAUGAGGCACGAGAGCACUUUGACGAAGCAGACCGGCGGGUGAGGGACCUAACCAGGGAGCUACGGACACUGGAGGAAACACAAGGCAAGGACUAUGGCCCAGAGGAAGAAUUCAGAGUCCUUGAGGGUAACUGCUAUGAUUUCACCGACCGGGAGUACAUCUACCGCCUGUGUCCCUUUGACAAGGCCACACAGAAGCCAAAGUCAGGCCAUGGGGAGACACGACUUGGUCAGUGGGGUGAGUGGACCGGGCCAGAGGGUGACAAAUACAGUCGGAUGCUUUAUUCUAAUGGCCAGGCCUGUUGGAAUGGGCCCACCAGAUCAGCUGAUGUUCAUAUAUCAUGUGGGACAGAGAAUAAGCUGAUAGGUGUAUCAGAACCAAACAGGUGUGAGUAUGUGUUCCUGUUCAGCACUCCAGCAGUCUGUACAAAGCCAGAGGAGGAACUCAGUGAAGAGACCACUCACGCCCACACUGAGUUGUAGGGAAGGGUGUUGGCCUCCCGCCUGGGUGUGUGUUUGCCCAAUGUCUGCUCCCUGUCAUGUAUGUGUGUGUGUUUUUGUUACAAGCGCAACUGAGAUAUUCCAACAGUGAUGACUUUUAUAUGUGAUGUUGUAAGUGAAAAGUUAGUAGUGAAAGAAGCAAGUCGGCAUUGUAGUAUUUAAAAUGUAGAGUUGUGAUAAUUUUUUUUCCUUUCUUUAUUUGAUUUAGUUUUCUUUAUUUUGUUGAAUGGCAGUCCAGAAUUUAGGUUGGUUCAUCCUUUAAAAAGGGUACAUACCACCAAGUUGAAGCAUUGCAUUGGGUAUUGUGAUCCACCUAAGUUGCAAUAAUAAUGUUAGGAGACAAAUAUUUUUGCAGGCUAGCUCUCUUUUUUGAGGGCUCAAGAGUAAAUUUGAUACAUGAUAAGGAACUUUUGAAUAUGUAUUUAAAAAUAGAUGUGAUCACUAAGUGAUGUUAAAAGCUAGUAAAGGUUCAUUCAAUAUAAAACACCCAAUCAUACUUGUUAUUUGUUGGUGACAGCACAAUAUAUUUAACAGUCCAUGA